AUGGAGAAGGAAGUAAUGUUAGUAGUGGCAAUGCCUUCCAUAGAUUUCAAUUUCAACACCAACUGUUCAUCUUCCCCUUACAUCACUGACCCUUCAACUCCCCAUCAUUUCCUUAAAGAUGAUAAACCUAUCAUCAACAACAACGAUCAAGAUUUUGAAUUCAACUUCAAUACCAAUCUUCAAACUUCUCAUCUUUCCGCUGAUGAACUUUUCCAUGCCGGAAAAAUCCUCCCUCUCAACCUCAUUCCACCUCAUCAUCAUCAUCAUCAUCAUCAUCAAGAACAACAAGUAACAGACCAAAAAUUAGUACAACAACAACAACAACAACAGAAUAAGCUUUGUGUUAGAGAAAGAUCUUCAUCGUUUUCGUUUCCUACUUGUCGCGAUCAUAGAAAAUAUACCAAACUCUCCAAUGGUAACAAAGGUAGUACUAGUAGUGCCAACAACAACAUUAAACAAUCCGAAACUUCAUCUUUUUCAUCUUUCUUGUCAACAAUUUCAUUCUCAAAAGGCUAUCGAAAAUGGAGAUUCAAAGAUUUUCUAUUAUUUCGUAGUGCUUCAGAAGGAAGAGGCUCCGACAGAGAUCCUCUGAGGAAAUACAAGGUGUUGUCUAAAACGACAGUGUACGAGGAUGUCGGUGAAUCUAGCUUCAGGUCCAUUGAGAAUUCCGGUUCGGUUUCAAAAAGGAGAAAACCAGUUUCGGCUCAUGAGUUGCAUUAUACACUGAACCGGGCCGCUUCUGAGGAAUUGAAGAGGAAAACUAUGUUGCCUUAUAAACAAGGUUUGUUGGGAUGUUUGGGGUUUAAUCAUGGUAUGAAUCACACUAGUAGAAGAUUUUGA